UUUCUUUUCCAACUUUUUUAAGGUACACUUUUUUUGCACUUUCCCAUAUUACUUUUUAUCUUGGUUUUUUUUUUUUUUUCUAAUAAACGAAAAUGGCGCUUAAAAGAAUUAACAAAGAAAUAAAAGAUUUAGAGAAUGACCCACCACCAACUUGUACUGCUGGUCCAAUUGAUGAUGAUCUUUUCCACUGGCAAGCGACAAUUAUGGGUCCCGAGGAUUCUCCAUACAAAGGCGGUAUAUUUAACCUUGAUAUUCGUUUCCCUCAAGAUUAUCCGUUUAAACCACCAAAGGUGAUGUUUCAAACAACAAUUUAUCAUCCGAAUAUUGACAAUAAAGGAAAUAUAUGCGUGGAUAUUCUAAAAGAUCAAUGGUCGCCGGGACUUACCAUCGCGAAGGUACUUUUGUCAAUUAUCUCAAUGUUGACCGAUCCAAAUCCAGAUGAUCCACUUGCGCCCGAAAUUGCUCAAAUAUACAAGACUGAUCGCUCUCGUUUUAAUGAUACUGCUAAAGAUUGGACACGUAAAUAUGCUACUGAAUGAUUAAUAUACGUUCAAUGUGUUAUUCAGUAUGGUUUUAAAUUAGUUUAUAUCUUUGUGCUUAUUUAAACCUUAAAUAAAUUAUUGAUAAUAUGUACAAUUCAAAUUCUAAUAAAGAGAAAUUUUAUUAUUAAAAAUUAUGAUGGCUAA